AUGAAAAUUAUAAUUCUUCUUGGACUCCUAGGAGCUACAUCAUCAGCCCCGCUUGUCUCACAUCGCCUAUUGUCUGCUAGCAACAGUCAUGAGUUACUCCUCAAUCUGAAUAAUGGUAGACUUUUGCCACUGGAAUUUCAGGGUACAUUUAACCCCUGGAUUGCUUCCUUCCCUGGGAUUCUGCAGCAGCAGCAGCAGCAACAACAACAAGCUCAGGUCCCAGGAGGCCUACAGUUUCCAAUCUCAACACUAGAGAGCUUUGCUGAAUUUUUACCAAAUCAGAUACCUUUCUCAGGACAGUUUGGGCUUGCCCAAGUAGGCCAGGCUGGCCAACCAGAACCCUCACAGCAGCAGACCCCACCACAGACUCCACAGGUUGCUAACCUUGUGUCCUAUGUGGUUCCCUUCAAAGUGCCUCAGGAUCAAACACAGAUGUUUGGGUACUACCCAGUUUACAUGUUUCUGCCCUGGGAGCAACUUCAGCAAGCGGUCACAUCAUCACCUCAGCAAACAGGCCCGCAGCUAUUUGAGGAGCAGAUACCAUUCUACAAUCAAUUUGGAUACAUACCACAACAAGCAGAACCUGGUGUACAAGGACGACAGCAGCAUUUAGCUGUUGACACCUUUGUAGGCACAGCUCCAGAAACCCCCGGGAUGCCCAUGGAAGGCGGUCCGCUGCAUUCACAAAGAGAAUCAGUCAGCUUUAAGCAUGACAAUGGAGGAGUUUUCAUGCCUCCAACUUCACCAAAACCAAGCAACAAGAAUGUUUUCACUCCUGCAAUAGACCCAACUAUUGCCCCAGUACUUCUAGAACAAAAGGUCAAGACUGAUAAACUAAGAGAGCCAUAA